UAAUUGGGGUCACAGAGGAACGUGCCAGUAUACGCUAUUAACCAAAAUGCUCCACUUCCUAUAUCACGGUCUCCAAAAUUCGGACAGUGGUAGCCUUCCUGGUUGCUAUCAUUCGCACCAGAGGUUGGACAUGAAGGCUACCUACAGUCACAGCCUAUGCAAAUUUUUAAUAUUUUCCUACCUCUUUUCGAUGUCUUCCACUUUAACGCCGCCAAAGAAUGACGGAGAAAUGGCGUCCUCUUCGUCGUUUCACAGCGAUGUUUCAACGAUACAAUCUAGACAAAAAGACCAUAGACGACAACAGAAGUUACACCAUAGAUCCCCAACGAAAGAUCAGGUUGCUGACCAGAACUUGAAGUACAUGCUGAAUUUGUAUAACAGAGCCGCCGAUACCGACGGUCGGCCCAGAGAACCCAGAAUAUUGGGGUUCAAUACAGUCAGACUGAUUCGGUCCACUUCAACACGAAAGCGGUUCUCAGUGUCGUUACCCGAUCAGCAGUACAGCUACAUGGUGCAGUAUGAGUUGAAAGCUCUUCCCCUGGAGAAGCUAGUGAGGGCAGCUUUUGUCCAUCUGCGCAGCACUGUGCUUUCUCGCGUGCCUUUGAGCUGUGGAGUCAAUAUCUCUUCCCUGGGGCCAGCCAAUCGGAGAAUCUCCUCUGGAGGCCAUGUGACCCUCAGACCUCAUGACCAGUGGACUGAGAUGGACAUCACACCCCUCAUCUCCUCACAGAGUGAGGGACGUCUGUCCCUGGCUGUCCAGUACCAGUGCGUGGAGGACAGGCUGGUGAAGAUCACUAUGUUGAGGAGGAGAGGUGGGAGGAGGACCCAAGCGAAGUUUGUCUCUCCCCAAACGCAGCUGAGGGCUCCUGCACUGCUCCUCUUCCUGGAGGAGGAGGCAGGGGACCCUAGGGACUGGGCUGGCCCACUGGAAGCACGAGCCCCUUCUGUGCCACGCCCUCGCAGGUCCAAAGAACCGGGUAGCAUUGGUGCAGACAUCCCCAACUACGUACGCCAAAACAGUGUGGCUAAGAACCAGUGCAAGCUUCACUCCUACAGAGUGACCUUCCAGGACUUGGGUUGGGAUCACUGGAUCAUCGCCCCACAUAAGUACAACCCUCGCUACUGCAGAGGAGACUGCCCACGUAUCCUCCACUAUGGGUACAAUUCUCCAAACCAUGCCAUCGUGCAGAACUUCAUCAAUGAGAUGGGUGUGGGGGAGGUGCCCCCGCCCGCUUGUGUACCUUACAAGUACAAGCCAAUCAGCGUCCUCAUGUUGGAGAAGAAUGGCAGCAUUGUAUACAAAGAGUAUGAGGACAUGAUCGCAGAGUCUUGCACUUGCCGAUAGGCUCAAGGACAACGGGGCUCCGCCCUGCACACACAGAACAUGCGCCCACAUUGGCCCUUCAGUGUCUUAAGGUAAUGUGGUUCUGCCCCCUCAUCCCCCCUCUUUGCUCAUCACAGGGGGAACGAUUUGGAAAUGUAUGAUGUUGACUCUCAGGGCUGUUAAAAUCCUGGGCCAUACAUGUUUGUUUUAAUCUCACUGAUGUAGCUUACAGUCUAUUUCCUGUCCUUCAGUUGGGCUGAGUUGACGGUUUCACGGCAGUGGUUUGUGGGUAAUUCAGGAAUCGGGGGCACCCCCUUCAAAGAGCAUUUCUGUUUGCAUGUCCACAUCACCUCCGGGAGUCCAGGGAUGAGGCACUGGAUUGGAGAUACUUUUGGCUCGGUACCUCUGCACAGUAUUGGCACUUCUAGAGGCUUUCUACAGUUACAUUUGCCCUCAAAUAUUUUUAUAUGUGAAAAGGCUUCUUUUUUUUCUUUUUUCUUGUCCCCCCCCCUUUUUUUUUCCUUUUUUAAAAAUGAACCCAUGAGAUUAGGGAGCCUUUGGACAGGGUCUGUUUGCCUCUGUCCAGAUGUAUACAUUUUUGCACAUUGUCUGGCUAGGUGAAGUGACCCUCUUUAGGCAUGCAAAAAUGUGGAUGUGCGCAGUCACCAUCCUGUCCGUUUCUGCUGAAUGUGAAGGGGCGUGUGCAAUGUGUUGAUGAAAGGACCUUUUGAUAUGAGUGUUUGGUAGUGAGGGAGAUAGAAUAUUCUUAUUCAAAAUGUAUAUUUUAUGAUGAAUAAUGAUAAAUAAAAUAAAAUGCAUGUUUUCUAAAAUUCA